AUGUCUGAAGUCGAACAAGCUCCGGCAAAGGAAUCCAAGGAAAGCAUACCUUCUAAGGAUACGAUAGAUACAACGUCAAAAGAACAAGAUGAAAUCACAACGACGCUUGCAAAUGAAAGUAAAAAAUCCAACUUCCUUGUAAGAACAUUCUGGACUUUAAUUAUGAUUGCAGGAUUCUUCAUCAUUAUUGGAUCCGGUCAUAUUUGGUGUGUUAUUUUAAUCUUAGGUUGUCAAAUUGCAGUCUUUAGUGAAUGUAUUGCCGUAACAAGUGCAUCAGGCCGUGAGAAAAAUCUACCUUUAACAAAGACUUUAAAUUGGUAUUUCCUUUUCACAACAAUUUAUUAUUUAAAUGGAUUAUCAUUUUUAAGUUUUUUCCAAAGAAGACUAUCGUUCUUUGAAUAUAAGAUAAUAGCCAUCAUUGCAACUAAUCAUAAAUUCAUCUGUUAUUGUUUUUAUGUCAUUGGGUUUGUCUUAUUUGUUUGUAGUCUAAGAAAGGGGUUUUUGAAAUUCCAAUUUGCAUCGUUAUGUGUCACUCAUAUGGCUUUAUUAUUAGUCGUCUUCCAAGGUCAUUUGAUUAUGAACAACUUAUUAAAUGGUAUCAUUUGGUUCUUAUUACCUUGUGGAUUAGUCAUUGUUAAUGACAUUUUCGCAUACUUAUGUGGGAUUACAUUCGGUCGUACCAAAUUAAUUGAAAUCUCUCCCAAGAAAACUUUAGAAGGGUUCCUUGGUGCAUGGUUCUUUACAGCAUUAGCAAGUAUCAUAUUAACAAGAUUAUUAACACCAUAUGAUUAUUUGACUUGUCCAGCAGCCAACGAGAUUAAUUCUAAUUUCUUUACAUUUGUUACAUGUGAUUUAAAUCCAGUUUUCAUCCCACAAGAAUAUAGAUUAUCACCUAUGGUUUUCGAUAAGAUUGGAAUUUCAUCAAUCACUAUGAAACCAAUAUAUUUCCAUGCAUUGAAUUUGGCCACUUUUGCAUCCUUAUUUGCACCAUUUGGUGGAUUUUUUGCAUCCGGGUUGAAAAGAACCUUCAAAGUGAAAGACUUCGGUCAUUCUAUUCCAGGUCAUGGUGGUAUUACCGAUAGGAUUGAUUGUCAAUUCAUCAUGGGUUCAUUUGCUAAUCUCUACUACGAAACUUUUAUCAGCGAACAUAGAAUUACUGUUGAUACUGUACUAUCAACCAUCUUGAUGAAUUUGAAUGACAAACAAAUUAUUGAAUUGAUUUCCGUGUUAAAUUCUGUUUUAUUCAAGAAAGAAGUUGUUGGUGAAGAAACCUAUGAGAAAUUAGUUGACAUUUAUAAGUCAACAACAGCUUGA